GUAUACACAGACACCAUCUGAAUGUCGAAUUACCCCACUAUAGCUCGAAAAAUAAAACGACCAACCAACUGAAACACACACAGUGAAUUGCUUGUACAAAUCUAUACAUAUUUGGAACAUUUUUCAAAAGGCACAAACACAACAGACAUAUUCGACUAAAGUAAUAACAAGGAGGAGAGAAAAAGAAGAAGCUACAUUAAAAAAAUAGGUACGAUAGCUGUCGUUUACAAAGAAUUUGUGAAAUAUUCACUGUAAGAACAAUCAACUUGCUGACAAGUAACCAAAAAAUAAAACUAUAGAAAUUUUGAUUUCGUUUUACUUACGAAUUUGUACAAAACGAGGGCGAAAUCAUCUCCACAAAGUAAAUAAGCAGCGCAUUAUCGUUUCGAGAUUCUAAACAAAAGAGAAAAAAAUCACACAAAGUGUUCGGCUCGUUUGUUCGAAUCGUUCCAUUUUCGAUUUUAAGUUGCAGUAGGAAGAAGAAACGUUUUUAUUUUGUCGGUGUGUUGAGUGUGAGACAGCAAUCAAACGCAAUUUUUGCUAUUGUGCUGCCCAACACACAUUGUGUUCAAAAUCAAAUCGAAAAAAUCUAAGGAGAAAGAGACAGAAAAGCGAAUUUUUAUUUUUCUACACACGACACACCACACACAUAGGAGAAGAGCGUGAAGUGAGAACUGUCAAAUAAAAUUUUUUUUGGUUGCUUGUGUGUCGAGAAGCUGAACGCAACUUUUAUUAAAAACCGAAAUUUUUUUUUUCGCCUUGUGUCACACACCGAGUGAGAGAGAAACGCGAUUCGACCGAAAACGCAACAUUCAUCAUCACCGAUUAUUGAGAUACGGCAAAACAUUCGGUGCUUUGGCAAAUAGAAAUCAUUUUGGAAAUUUGAAGUGAAUCAUCCGCAGUAAUCCAGUGUAGACCGCCGAGCGAACGAUAGAGAGGCUCUAAAUAUUCGUAUAACAACAAUAGAAAAACCGAAGGCAACAGUUUCACAAAAAUAAAUAUGGCUGCACUGUCACGUCGAAUUGUGAAAGAAACAAUGCGUUUGCUGCAGGAACCAGUGCCCGGCAUCAGUGCUGUUCCCGAUGAAAACAAUGCACGCUACUUUCAUGUCAUUGUUACCGGACCAUCAGACUCACCAUUCGAAGGCGGCCUCUUCAAAUUGGAACUAUUUCUGCCCGAAGACUAUCCAAUGUCAGCGCCAAAAGUGCGAUUCAUCACGAAAAUCUAUCAUCCAAACAUUGAUCGCCUAGGUCGGAUAUGUUUAGAUAUAUUGAAAGAUAAAUGGAGUCCAGCACUGCAAAUUCGCACCGUCCUAUUGUCUAUUCAAGCUUUGCUAUCAGCACCCAAUCCAGACGAUCCUCUUGCUAAUGAUGUGGCCGAACUUUGGAAGGUGAAUGAAAGUGAGGCUAUCCGCAAUGCAAAAGAAUGGACCCAUCGAUAUGCAAUGUAAAUGCUGAUUGUGUGUAUAUGCUGAGGAUAGAUGAUGUGCGCCACGCAAUCGACUAACAAUUAUGGUAAAAAUGCAAGGAAAGAAAAAAAAAUAAUACAAAAAAUAAGAUUGAGAGAUGAAAUGAUAGUGAAUAGAAUAUAAACAAUUUUCAGUGUAUGUUAGCAUGUGGAUGCUGAACUUAAGCAGUUUGUUAGAAACAAGGGCAAUUAAGAAGAUGCAAAAAACAACAACAACAAAAACAAAAAUAAAAACAAAAACAAAAACAUAUAAAACAAGAUUUAAAUUAUGAUAUGAAAAUUUGAUUAAUUGGAUUUAUACUGUAUUAUUAAAGAUAAAAAAGAUGUAACAAAUUCGGGGGGAAUGAAUUAAGAGCAAACACUCAAACCGAAAACACAAGCAAAUAAAACAACAAUCCGAUUAAUUUAAAAAUAUUUACUAUAAAACCUUUAAAAAAAAUACAGAAAAAUAAAAACUGCAAAAAAAUUAUAAAAAUGGUAAAUAAAUUACACAAUUUACAAUCGA